GGUCACUCCACUAGCCCAACUUUCUCAUUCAAACUUGACCAAAAGGACAACAUGAGCUUGAAACAACAAAUCGCAGUUGAACCGCUGCGUCCUGGCCAUUUCUGCUCGUUGGAGAACCCUACACGAUUGGGGUCUCUCUCGGAGUACGUCUUUGGAGGAAAUACCAUUGCGAUUGCAGUGAAUGCAGCCUAUCAAACUGUUAACCAUACAUAUCACUUAUACUCCCUCUGUGGCCAUUUUAUCCGCCCUGCAACAACGGACCGAAAGCUCUUCUGCCACGUUGAGAGUAUAAGGGAUUCCAAAAGUUUUCAAACUCGUCAGAUUCGGGUAUCCCAAGCAGCAGAUGAUGGUGCUAAUAGGCUAUGCUUGAUAGCUAUAGCAGAUUUCCACAUCGAAGAACCCUACUCGGUCGUAACCUAUUCUAUCCCUCCUGAGACCGAAUCCCCGUCCAGCACAUCAAGAGGAAAGUACUUUACUCCUCCACCCAACGCCUCCAAGAAUCGCGAUCUUUAUAGGAAUUUGGAGCAUUUUCUCGACAUGCGGGCCUUUCUUGACAAUGAAACGAGUACGGAAAACCACAAGCAAGAUACUAGAUUUAACAGCCCUCCACCUGCCCCGCCAGUAAUCAUCAAGGAAAUGUUCCGGGUACCAGAGCCCCUCGGAAACGAGGCAGAACAGAUGUCGGUUCUGGCAUUCUACGCAGACAAGGGUUUGGCAUAUAUUCCGGCAAUCCACAACGGAUAUGACUUACAGCAAGCGAGCGCCUGCGCGACCUUGGAUUUUUCACUUCGUGUAUUUGUUCAUAGUCUGAAUCUUGGGAACUGGCAUAUGGCAGAACAAAAGGCCAUAGUUGCAGGAAAUGCUAGAGCCUUUAGCGAGGGGAAGAUUUGGAAUGAGGAUGGUCAUUUGGUUGCAAGCAUGACUCAACAGACUAUCUUGCGCCCAAGUGCCGGGCCAGGGGCUCGUUUGUGA